AUGGUGGUGUGGCGAGCCAUGAUGAAAGCCAUAUACCAGCAGCACAUGGCGGCCUUCCCCCAGGACACGCCCCCCCUGCUGGCUACGAUUCUCCCCCCGCUCCCCCUCUCUCCCCCCUCUGUCCCCCCUCCCCCCCCACCUCCCUCCUUGUGCUCCACAUCACAGGUGCGUUUUUCUAAAGAUGUGCGGAGCAUGGUGGUGCGGCGAGCCAUGAUGAAGGCCAUGUACGACCAGCACCCGGCGACGUUCCCCCAGGACGCUCUCAAGCAGCUGGCAUACGACGGCCAGAACGCCCUCUUUGCCCUGCGCGCGCUCGAGAUCCCGUCUCCCAAGGCGUUCCCUAUCAAGAUUAUGGACGAGCGGCCAUCCCCCAGCCAGGACGCUCUCCCCCUGCUGGCAUACGAUGGCCAGAGUGCCCUCUUUGCCCUGCGUGCGCUCAAGAUCCAGUUGCCGCAGGCGUUCCCUAUCAAGAUUAUGGACGAGCGAGAGACACAGGUGGCAGAGGUAGAGCUCGCAGACAUCAAGGCUGCCAUCACGCCAGCGGCCACCACUACUGUUUCCGCCCAGGACGCCCUCCGUGCUCUCGAUGUGAAGCUGCGCGACUAUGCUGCCCAACGCUUCCUCUUGGUGAAAGACAAGUUUUUCGACCGCAACUUUGGCACUUCCUCCUGGUCAAAGACAAGUUCUUCGACCGCAACUGUGGGAGUGCAGCAACGGCUAUUCUGUGCACUCACACAACCAGCGCCCUCCUUUGCUCCCAUGCUCUAUCACCCCACCUGCAGCUUCCUCCUGGUCAAAGACAAGUUCUUUGACCGUAACUUUGGCCGCGUGGCCCCUCUCCCGGGGGGCAUUGAGGCAUGGACGGGGUUCAAUGUCAGCUUCCGGCCAAUCCACAACGCUCUGGCGCUCAACCUGGGUGCGUGCUGUGCUGCGUGCAUGUCAGUCAGAUUGAGUACUUUGAGUGCUUACUUCAUCCUGCGUGCAUGUCAUUCUACUCCCCCCCCCCCGCCCGUGCACUCGCAUCAUCCCACAGACGUCGUGACGGCAUGCAUGGUGCAGCCCAUCAAUGUGCAGCCCAUCGAUGUGCAGCCCAUCAAUGUGCAGCCCAUCGAUGUGCAGCCCAUCCAUGUGCAGCCCAUCGAUGUGCAGCCCAUCUAUGUGCAGCCCAUCGAUGUGCAGCCCAUCAAUGUGCAGCCCAUCAAUGUGCUACUUGGUUCCAUUCUCCCACCAUCCCGCCCCUUCCAUUCCACCCACAGACGUCGUGACAGUGUGCAUGGUGCAGCCCAUCCCUGUGCCGAACCUCCUCAUCUCCUUCCUCAACCGCAACCCGCCCAACUGCCAAUUCCCGUGCCCCCCAUUCCCCCACCUCCCAUUUUCCCGUGCACUCUCACCACCUAA